AUGUUCCGCGCUCGGCCAAACUAUAUCCGUCCGACUGAAGUCUCGGCCAAAGUUCAAACCGACCGGCCGAUCACGCAACACGACCCGGGAAACAUUGUCCCGCGGUCGGCCAAGCUUCAACGUUUCACGCCACGCCGCGCACGACCAGCGCGCGAGCCGGGAAAAAGCCUCGCGGCCGCGCAACCCGUUUCGCGUACCACGGCCGAUGCAUCCGUCCGAGCCGGGAAAGAACGUCCCACGUCCGGCCGAGAAACCAUCGGCCAAAUCUCUAUCCGUCCGACCACGACCGUCAUCCGCCACGACCGUUCCGACUCGACCCAAGACCCGACUGUCCGGCCGAUCGUCCCGACGACCGUCCGAACGCCGCGGUCGACCCGAAGCCGUUUUUGA